AGAACAGCGGCAACGGUGAGUGGUGUUGCAGCCAUCAGUGAAGAAGGAGCACCUGACAAUAAGUUGACGACAUUAAUAUAGAGAACGGAGAGCUCUGAGAUCCAGCCGUCGGUGGUGUUACAGAGGUUGAGGUUGGACUGGGAUGGAUUGGCAGAGGAGCUAAUGGUCGUACGGCUGAUUUGUAGUGAUUACGACGGCAUCCCCUCCAGCAGCUUCGAAUCAUCUUCAGCUGGAGCAUAUAAGGUACUUGACCAGAAAGGAGUGGGUAAACUCAUCAAGCUUUGCGCAGAAAAGGUUGCAAUAUGAGGAGAGCAUGGAGAAAGAACAGUGACAGCAGUGAGUGGUGUUGCUGCCAUCAAUAAAGAAGGAGCAGCUGGCAGCAAGUUGUCGACACCAAUGGAGAGCUUUGAUAUCCUAUCGUCGGCUGUGUUUUUACAGAUCUGAAAAAUUACAUUGCAUUUUAGGAAAUUUAUGUGAUCUAAUCAUUUUAUUAUUAUUAUUAUUAUUAUUUUUUUUUUUUUUGCAGUGGUAGCAGGUAACUAGGAGCUAAAAUCAUGUCUAGGAAAUUCACUGAAUUUGUCUGGUGACAGUGAAUAUAGUUGUGAAUGAACUAGACACAUAACAAGUUUCAAAUGAUCCACAUUGUGCUUCUCAUAAGCGGACAAGGAAAGUGAGGCUCACAAAGUGGAAGAACAAUUGGAGAUAAAGCUGAUGACAUCACCAAAUGGUAGCCUAAUUCCUUGCAAUUCUUCACCAAUAGAAUGCACAACCAACACUAAAAUGUCUUCUUCUAGCACCUUCUACACCAACCUCAAGUUUUGCACCAAACCCAACAACAACAAAGCUGCUUCUUUGUCACAAGAAUAAUAAUAAUCAUAUAUCAUGAAGACAACAUCAAUAAGACAAUAACAACAUCAACAGCAACUUGAAGUGAAGGGAACUCAUAUUGAGAAGCAGUAAAAUAGCAACCAUUGGUGCUAUCUUCAAUUUCAGUGUCUUAAGGUGGGAUGUCAAGGUUUUGGGGCUUAGUUCGGAGUUGGAGAGGAAGGGGAAGGAAAUUGGGCAGCUCACCAAGGAGGUAUUUUAUUUUAUUUUAUUUGAAUACCAAUAAAAUAUAAGUGAAGAUAGGAAGGUAAUCAGAAGUUCUAUAAUUCCAAUGGAAUGAUAACUGGAAUUCAAAAUGAAUUGAAAUGUUCAAUGAAUGUUAGCAUUGUUGUUUUGUCUAGCUGGAGUUGGAUACUCACAUUUUUUUUGGUUUUGUAUGGAGAGUAAUGGGGCAUUUUCUACUGACAUGAAACUCUGUUCGUCCUUUUGGCCUUAAUGUUUAUGUUGUCUAGAUUUAAUUUCUGCGUGGCCGAAUUGUGCACUUUCAACAGCUUUUUUCUUGCUUUUAUGACAAACAAAAUUUGAAAUUAGUUGGAGCAAAAUUUCCUAAAGGAGCUUUUGAAUCUAUCAUUUGAAUUUCUCUUGCUCAUUCCUUCAUUUUGUUUCUCUCAUUCCACCGGGUGCUUCUUCGCGAUGAAGGUGGUGGACAUGGAUGCGGUGCGAAGUAUAUAUUCUAAGAAUAUGAGCCUGGGCCGGGUUGUUGCUAUGCUGUGUCGGAUGGGGCAUCCUCCUAGCUCGAAGAGGAAGCCAGGUUGUCCUCCGAAGGCUGUUUCUGCUGGUGGUCCGGCUGUUGUUGCUGUGGUGGCGACUCCUGUUCAUUGCUGUCUCUGAUCCUGUGGAUGCUGUGACUGCAUUGCGGCCCGCACCCAUGGUUCUGCCUGCCAUUCAUCACAACCAGAUCAGUCACUAAACGCAUACUCAGAACAACGACACGUGUAAAACAAUACUGUUCAUAGCUUCUCUUAGUACAGUGCGCGGCAACGGAUGAAAUUUGAAGUUGAAAGGACAACAGAUUGAAGGGUGGGUGCUGCAGAGCGCCAAUUUUCCCGCCCAAAACCAUAUUCUAAUCUUGAAUAUCUAUCUAUCCGUUCUACACUCCUAACCAUGUUCCUCUCUUCUCACGAACUCCACCCUGAUUUUUCCCCCAAAAUUUCAAAAUCAUUCCCACGGUUUAACUUGAAAUCAUUCUUUCCUUCUUUUUGUUUUUUAUUUUUUGGCAAUAAUUGAGCUUAUCACCAACUGAAAACAUUGGAACUAGCAUUGAAGGAUCCUUUGCAGAGAGAGAUGGAGAGAGUAUACCUGUUUGGGGAAGCUUUGCCUCCGUCAUAUCCCAGCUCCCAUCUGUGCGUGGAGGAGAAGACCUGGAUACCUCCGUUGUGGUUAGCCUCCAAACUGCAGCGAAGACGACGGAGCCUCCAUCCUCUCAAGCAUCCAAAGACGUUCUUAUAGAAGAAGAGUGUUUGAAUCUGUAUCCCUUUUUUCGUUAAUGUUCCUGAGAUUCUCUUCAACAGCCACCCUGAUUCAUCUCUCUCCCCUCAGUCUCUCUCCUUUACUCUCAUGGCCACCCUCUUCUCUUUUGAAUCCUUCUCUUUUUACUCUCUUUUCUGAUCUCACUUGAUUAGAGAUCGAAAUUACCAUUAAAGUGUCUUCCCAGUUUGUGGGUAAGAGUGAUACAGAGCAGGACACUAUUCCAGAAGAGGUUGAUGAUUCAGGUGAAAAACCAAAGUUACAGUGUGCUACAACACCUAUGGUGUGUUUGAUAAUGAGGAGCUUUACCAAAAGAGUUUGGUUCUGAGGAGAAGUGUGGUGGGUUCAUGAAGUGGAGGUGCUAGAUCAUGGAGAAGGGUAUUCAAAAGCUCAAUUUCAAGCUGGGUGGUGUCACGGUUGGAAUUUGUGGAGAAAACUUGCCCUGGGGAGGCUUACCCUUCAGAAGCAGCGCAAACAGAGUUAUUUUGAGCCUACUUUUAAGUACUGUACAGGAGGCUCAGCCACGUCUAGCUGCCGUGGAGGGCGGUUCUAUAGGAGAUGUACCAAUUUUGCUUGCAAAGCCUCAAACAUACAUGAACUUUAGUGGUGAAUCGGAGGCUCAGCCACUUCUAGCUGCCGUGGAGGGUGGUGAGAAUUUGGGUUUAAGUUCUAUAGGAGAUGUACCAAUUUUGCUUGCAAAGCCUCAAACAUACAUGAACUUUAGUGGUGAAUCGAUUGGGCCUCUUCUUGCAUAUUAUCAAGUACCCCUUCGUCAUAUUUUAGUAGUUUAUGAUGAAAUGAGUCUUCCAAAUGGUGUUUUAAGGCUUCAACCUAAAGGAGGACAUGGUUACGACAAUGGAAAUGCAUGAACCUUAACUAUGAACCCUGAACCCAACUGUACCCUGAUUUUUCUUCAAGCCAUGUUCAAUCAUAUUUGACCUUGUUCUUCCAGCAUCAAUCCAUCUAUCAUAUUGAGCAUAUAUAUCAGAAAAUACCACAUAAUGAAGGGCAUUUCUCGGUUCAAGUUUAAGGAGGUGAUGGAGUUAGCACAUUACCCAAAUUAUGAAAGGUUCCCUUCCCCUACUAGUAUAAACCAGACUCCUUGGUUACUGAAAAUGCACCUGAAACCUUUCGCAACAGCCUUCGGACAAACACCGGGACCCAACCUACAGUUUUGAGGAACACAUUUGAGUUUUGUAACACAAUAAGAGUACUUACUUAUACUGAUGGAAACUCACCAGUUAUGCACUAUAGUUUGUGGAUUGAGCUUAGAUGGAAAUGCAUUGAAGGUUUCUUCCCUAAAGAGUUAUCACAAUAAGAGUCAAAUCUAUGAACACAUGUACGAUUUAAGAACGUGACAUCGUAAAUACAUAAAAGCAUUAUGUAUAUAUAGUGAUUAUACCAGUUCACU